CUGAGAUCCGGCUGGGAGUCCCUUGAGCUGUUCGUUCCCGGGCUGAGGCAGGGUGUUCUCAGCACAGGGCUCAGAAUUUAACCCAGGCCACUUGCUCUGCCCAAGCACAGAGUUGGUAAUCUUUGGGGCAUUGUUGCUUUCCUUGGGGGCUUUCCUUGAGCAGGGAAUGGGCUCAACUUCUGAGAACUGAGCUGUUCUCAAUCCUGCAAUGAGCUCCCUUCUGCUGGUCUCCAUGGGGCAGUGUGCUGGCACAGAGAUCCAUCCAAACAGCGCUCAAUGCAAACCUGGGGCCUUAGCGGGCAGACUUCAGAGAUAUAAUGGUCCCUGUACCCAAGGCCUCGCUACACUCCUACGAGGAGCUGGCAGGGCUCUGCGCAGAACGAAGAGGUCACCCUCAGCCUCAGCCUGAUGCGCGGAGCUCUGAGUGCUUUGACGAGCCCUUCUCGGAGGAGGGGACCUACAGAAACCUUCCACUUGUGCACUCCUGGAGAAUGAACCUUCCCCUGCACGUGGCUCUCCCAAGUCUGUGUGAGGGGACUUCACUCCAAGAGGCUGCUGACACAGCAGGGCUGUGCUGGGAGAAUGGUCUGUGCCCAGGUGGAAGCGAGCCCUGGGAAGUGCUGGCAGAAGGUGCUGUAUGAAAGGCAGCCCUUCCCAGAUAACUAUGUGGACCACCGGUUCCUGGAGGAGCUGCAGAAGAACAUCUAUGCCCGCAAGUACCAGUAUUGGGCAGUGGUGUUUGAGUCCGGGGUGGUGAUUCAACAGCUGUGCAGCGUCUGCAUCUUUGUCGUCAUCUGGUGGUACAUGGAUGAUGGGCUGCUGACCCCACAGUGGCUGCUCGGGGCUGGCCUGGCCUCUUCCCUGAUUGGCUACAUCCUGUUUGAUGUCAUAGACUUGGGGGUGGGGAGGAAGGAGAGCGGUCGGACCCGCUGGGCAGACCUGAAGAGCACCCUGGUGUUCAUAGCUUUCACCUACGGCUUCUCUCCGGUACUGAAGACCCUGACGGAGUCGAUCAGCACAGACACCAUCUAUGCCAUGUCAGUCCUCAUGCUCCUGGGGCACCUGAUCUUCUUCGACUAUGGGGCCAAUGCUGCCAUCGUCUCCAGUACGCUGUCCCUCAACAUGGCCAUCUUCGCCUCCGUGUGCUUGGCCUCCCGGCUGCCCCGCUCCCUGCACACCUUCGCCAUGGUCACCUUCGCCAUCCAGAUCUUUGCCCUGUGGCCCAUGCUGCAGAAGAAGCUCAAAGCACGGACACCUCGCUGCUAUGUGGGGGUGACCCUGCUCUUCACCCUGUCUGCACUGGCCGGGCUGUUGACCAUCUCGGGCGUUGCUGCCCUUCUCUUCGCCCUUCUGCUGAUCUCCAUUUCAUGCCUGUGUCCUUAUUGCCUCAUCCGGCUGCAGCUGCUCAAAGACAACAUUCAUGGGCCUUGGGAUGAAGCUGAAAUCAAGGACGACCUCUCCAGGUUCCUCAUGUAGACUCAUCCAGGACACACGGCAGGUGGGCAGGACCCCACUGGUGCUAUCGGAACAAAGACUUCUGCAUUGGAGACUACCUCCUGCAUGACGGAAUCACAGAGAAGUGGGGGGGAGGUUGCAGUGUUAUAACAGAGCCUCUUCUCCUAGAGUGAGACAAACUGCUUGGUACAUACCAGGAACUUUUGUCUCCCCAGUGUCUAUGUGUAUUGCUCUCACUCAUUAAAUCUAGCAGAGCUCCCACCGCAGAAGCGUGGCAAGAGCACAAGUAGACAGAGGACUGUAGGCAGAUGCCAUCAUUUUAUCCACCACAUCACUUGCUCAGAGCAGGUCUCUAUGACGUACAUGGCACUUAAUACCAACUAUAGGGCAAGAGCGACUUCUCUCCACUCAUUAAAUCUAGCUGAGCUCCCACCGCAGAAGCGUGGCAAGAGCACAAGUAGACAGAGGACUGUAGGCAGAUGCCACCAUUUUAUCCACCACAUCACUUGCUCAGAGCAGGUCUCUAUGACGUACAUGGCACUUAAUACCAACUAUAGGGCAAGAGCGACUUCUCUCCACUAGCGCUGCUGUUGGCUCUGCUGCUUGGGAAGCUGAAUUAAGGGUAGCAAUAGUGGGGAAUGUUUUAGCCAAAGUUUACUGGUGGAGAUGAAGCCCAUUGGAGUUGCUGGGUAUUUGGAGAGCAGCUUUCAAAAUCUCUUUGGCAAGCUGGACUUUCUGGCUAUUAAAAGCAUCCAAUCCCUCAAA